UUGGCAUAGCUGUGCGGUGCCUGCCGUCGGCCGCGUCUGAAGGCUCUCCGGGCAAGAGAGGGGCCCCCGAGCGAAACCAGGAGCUGCCUGCGUCCGAGGACACGCGUGGACCGCACGUGCGGCUGCGCAGAACGCAUCCCCCGCAGACCUGCGCAGAGUUCGGACCUGUCCGUCUGCAGUUACAGGAGUUCCCAGCUGGCCUGUGAUCGCGGGGGCGUCUGCCGCGGCCUCCCCGCCCCUCCGAGGAGGAAGAUGAGGAAGAGGAUGGGGGUUCUCCUGGGGACGCUGUGGUGGUGCUGGCUGCUCGCCCUCUCAGCAGCGUCAGAGACAGAGAGGCUGCUGCUGGAGAAGCUCUUUCAAAAUUACAACCUGAAGGUGCGGCCGGCGCAGAGCUGGAACCAGAGAGUGAUGGUGCGAGUGGGAAUGACCCUGUCCCAGCUCAUCAGCCUGAACGAGAAGAACGAGGAGAUGACAACCAACGUGUUCAUGAACCUGGCAUGGACAGAUUACAGACUGACCUGGAAUCCACAGGAGUUUGACAACAUUACGGUUCUGAGAAUCCCCCCAAACAAGGUGUGGCGUCCCGACAUCUACCUCAUCAACAACAACGACGGCCAGUUUGACGUGGCCCUGUACGUGAACGUGCUGGUGUACAACGAUGGCACGGUCAACUGGCUCCCCCCCGCCAUCUACCGCAGCUCCUGCUCCAUCGAGGUGGCGUACUUCCCCUUUGACUGGCAGAACUGCUCCAUGGUGUUCCGCUCAUACACCUACGACUCCUCUGAGGUGGACCUGCAGUACGCACUGGACGAGUACGGUCAUGAGAUCCACGAGAUCAUCAUCGAUGAGAACGCCUUCACUGAGAACGGGGAGUGGCAGAUCUGUCACAAGCCGUCCAGGAAGAACGUGCGAGAGGACCUGUACGAGGACAUCACCUUCUACCUGAUCAUCGAGAGGAAGCCCCUCUUCUACAUCAUCAACAUCAUCGUGCCCUGCAUCCUCACCAGCGUGCUGGCCAUCUUCGUCUUCUACCUGCCUCCCGGCGCUGGUGAGAAGAUGACCCUCUCCAUCUCCGUCCUCAUCGCCCUCACUGUCUUCAUGCUGCUGCUGGCGGACAAGGUCCCCGAAACGUCCCUGGGGAUCCCCAUCAUAGUGAACUACGUGAUGUUCACCAUGAUCCUGGUGACCUUCUCUGUCAUCCUCAGCGUGGUGGUGCUAAACCUUCACCAUCGUUCUCCCAGCACCCACGACAUGCCCCUGUGGGUCCGCAAGGUGUUCAUCCACUUCCUGCCACAGUAUCUGGGCAUGCAGAGGCCCCACCCAGAGGAGCCGCUGGAGGAGGAGCCCAGGGAGGACACGCCCCUGGAACGCAUUGACGGACGCAGGCCCGGCACCGAGUACUUCAUCCGAAAAAUCAACCCUGAGCUGAUACUGCCCUGGAGAGGCAGGCCUGACAGUACGGUCCAGCUGCACAGAUUCCUGGACAGUGAGAACUACUGCCUGAUUCUGCCGCCAGACCUCAAGUCUGCCAUCGCCGCUGUCACAUACAUGGCCGAGCAGCUGCGGAGACAGGACACCGAUGACACUAUGACAGGAGACUGGCAGUACAUCGCCAUCGUGGUGGACCGGCUCUUCCUCUGGCUCUUCGUGGUCAUCACCACCCUGGGGACAUUGGCGCUGUUUCUGGACGCCAGCUUCAACUAUACCCCUGACCAGCCCUUCGCCUGAGACCACUCCCAGACUCCGCCCAUCCGCUCACUCCAAGAAGAAGAGAGGACUACACUUCCCAUGAUUCCAGUGCAGACUCUGGCUGCAUUCCAAAGUGCACCCUCAACCCCCCUCCCCUUAGGAGGAGGAUCACUUUGAGUGACAUCACCAAGUGAUCACUUGAGUGGCCAAAGGUGUUUGUGGUUUAAGAAGGAAAGGACAACACAUUAGCUCUGAAAAGCACCUCAAUGUUGAUCAGUGCCAACACAGAGAUGGUUUCAGAAUUAAGUCUAUACGGAGAUAUACACAUUAAAAUGUUUAUUAAAUGUAUACCCAAAAUAUAGAGGCAGCUAAGGCUAUUAGUGUAGAGCAUUUUUUGCUUAACUACAUAUAAAUUUUUAGUUAUUACUUUUAUUUUCAUAUGAUUAUUUUUAUGGAGGAAUAAUGAAAAGGCAAUGAGGUUCAACAGACAUUAUUUCCAGUUUAUUUAUUUUCAUCGUUAAUUAGUUCAGGCUCCGGUGGUUUCUGCUGAUGGUGUUCUCACCCCAUUCCCUGGCGGUUAGAGGGAUGAGCCAAAGACUCACGCCUGUGUCGAGAGACUAAACAGAACAAGCCAAACAAUGAGGCAAGCCCCUUCCCAGAAUUCUCCAGGAAAAUACAGGUGAACUGUCCCAGUGCUCUGAGGCCAGCACUCCACCCACAGAUCCCCUUCCUGUUCCUUAGGGUUUCUUUUGUUGGAUUUACUCCUGCAAAGAAAUGCAUGUGCACACACACACACACACACACACACAGGACCACAACAAGACCCGCGAGUCAAUAGAGUCAGUAGACUCAGCAGACCAUUCUAAUCCUGAAAACAGCCCUCACUUUGUCAAAACCCAU